AUGCCGCUCCUCACUAGCCCGCUUCAAACCCCUCACACGCCGAACAAUUGUCAAGACCAGGACGUACAGGGCACUCCACUACGACUCCGGUUACUGAACGUGUCAGAUGGGAAUACUCAGAAUGUGCGUCAACAUGAACCUCGUCGCAACCACUGGAAUGCCUCACAUCGCCGUACUCAAACACGUCGAUCAAGACGCGAGUCUCGCGGUAUGUCGACCCCCAGAGAAGGUCCGGAGGCCACACGGAGUGAACAAGCCGAUCAACCCCCUGAAGACGGCGAAGCAUCCACUGGUGCGAAAACGCCUUGUAUCUCAGAUGACAAUGCUAUGGAAUAUGGCGAAAAGAAGGAUGAAUGGAUGGCCGAGAUCCCCGGGAAACGAGCGACUGCGAACACAGCCACAGAAGAAGCUGGGAACAAGCCAGAUGCGAAGCCAAAGGCUCAUAUCCAACAAAAGACUCCCGUCCAGCGCACCAAAGUAGUCUUCCCAAGGGACUCAGCCCAACAUGCGGCCCUAGGAGCGCCGAGACUCUCGAUUACAUUUGGAAAUAUGCCACCAGUGAACCAGGACGCAGCCCUUACACAAAAUUACAAGACAGAAGUCCCCGAAUAG